AUGGCGAAGCAAGAUUUUAAGCUGUAUACUGACUCCUGGGCCUUACGUAGCCAACAUGGAGAUGGCCCCUUUUCAUUUCUCAAGUCAAAACUCACUAGUGAGGACUUGAGGAGACUUCGGGGGAUUUCCCCCAGUAAGUCUCGCUAUCUUGAAAUUCCGGAGGAAAAGGAAGAGGAGAAAGAAUUAGCUCCCAUAAAGUGGAAGAGCAAGAGUUCUAGCAGGUUCUACUAUCAGGGAUUGGAGAGAGCGAAGGAGCCAGGGGAAAGGUUUGGAGAUUAUAUCAAGGAAUGGAGGAAUCGUAACACCAGGAAUUAUGAAGAGAGCCAACGGAUCGGUGCCGCCUCCAUCCACCGACAAUCUGAGGAGCCAGACCUGAAAACACCACUGGGACGAAAUAUCUAUGAAACAGUAUUCCAGAAGAACACACCUGACACUGAACCGAAUGACUUGUUCCUGCCAGGCCGCAUGACCUAUCUCGUAGACCUGAAUGACGAGGCCGAAUCGGAUGUCCCACUCACCGUGAUCCGAGACAAGGCCGAUUGUCCCAUCUUGGAGCCUCACACUUUAGUGAACACAAGUGAUGCCAUCAUCAGCAGGCUUUCCCAGGUGUUUUCACGUGUGAGGCAGGAUAUCUAUGGUAAGAAAUACAGGAAGAAGGAGCUGGGCGAGAAGAGGCCUUUCGAAGCCAGCUACACUUUUUACAACAUUGGAGAACGUGCGCCCUGGCUUCCCAAGACAACGUGGGAGAAGAUCAUGGCGAGGUCCAGGGAAUACCCUGGGGAGAAAAGCAAGGAAUCAAACCGAGAAUGGCUUCGAGAGCAAGCCUUCAAGGCAGGGAGGAGAAGGAGGUAUCGAGCUCUCGAGAAAUCCAGAGUAGCUCUUCGCAAAGAACUGGAAUCAACCAUGAAAUUAAUGAAAACUUUGAGUAUCCAGUCUUCUCGCCUGGAAGGCACUGAAUCCCUAAAGAAGCUGGACCUCAAGAAGCACCUAGGAAGUUUCUAUCCAACCAAUUCGUAUAUGGAAUGCUACCCUGCCAAGCUGAGUGCCUUGGAGAAGAUACACAAGGAAAAGAAGGAAUUGCACGAGAAUGAGAAGGGUUACAGGAAAGACCACUUACACCGUGGGGACUUUGAGACCCAGGAAGAAUACAGGGAGUACCUUCGCAACAGAAUUUCCUCCAAGAAUGUUAUUGCGAUGAUUGAAGAGUGGAAAACCUGGAGGUUCCGGGAAGAUUAUGACAAAGCCAAGAACCAUCGUCAGAAGAAGAAGAAAGAAGGUAGAAAGCCUGAAGUCAAAAAACUAAAAUACCCAUCACCAGUUGUACCUGAUGAAAAUCCUCAAAGCUUACCCGCUGAAAUUCCCAACAAAGAUACAAGAUAA